CCACCAUCCAUCCUGAUCCUCUCUCCCUCUCGACGCCCAUACCCCUUCCUCCCUUCAAAAUGCCCGUCCCAUUGUCCACGACAGCGCAGCACAACCAACAACAGCCCUACUCGCGCUCGACAGUCCCUUCGAAAAAUGUAAAGCGCAAGUCGAGCAAGCCCAUCAUCAACUGGCUCCAACGCAAGCUUGGCGGCACCGUCCGCGCUCGUCGUCCAUCCAACACGAAUAAUAUUAGAGGCUCUGCUGACAGUACCUACUCCAGUCGUGGGACAAGUCUCAAGGAGCUACAUACUGCACCAGCCCGUGGUCGUGUGCCUCAGCAAAAUGACGUCGACGAGAACGGUCAACUCAUUCGUCAGCAUGCUGCUGUCCGCCCACUCUCGAAUCAGAUUUCUUUGAACAGCACCGCUGAGACGUCCGAUAUCGACGAUGAUGAUGACGAUGACAUGAGUGCAAGGCGUUCAAGCGGCGUCGCAACGUCCAUGUGGGGUUCGCGCUCCAAUCCUGUCGAGGCGGACGAGGAUGCAUCCAUACGCCCGCUUCCACCGACGUCUCCACCGUCACCGAGUCCGUCUCGUUCCUCUUCAUCGUACAUGAGUGAUUUGCGCACCUUCAGGAGUAUGUCGGCAAGUACUAAGCCGACAACGCUGCUUUCUAUUGAUCUCACGCCUGGCGUUGCACACAUUGCACAGGCGCCACCAACGCCGACAUCUGUUUCGGCGUAUAACGUUCCCAACCCUUCACCUGUUGCGCGUCGCUCGCCGCACGUGCGGACCACAAGCUCUGGUACGUCGGGACUCGUCACAUUUUCUGCCCUCCCACCGUCGUCACCGCCCUCGUCGCGACCCUCCUCCCUUGGUCCCACAAUGCGUACGGUACCUAAUGGUCUGCAGGCGCCCGCUCACACGACGCACCAUCCACGCAAUAAUCCACGCCCAUCGUCACCACCACUGGACAAUGCGUCUAUAUUGACGCUUGCCUCGUCGGCAUUUGCAACACCAGUGGGAGAGAGAGAAUAUCGCAACCGUAUGCCCACUGCUUGGGUGAUUGGUGCUGACAACGCGAGCCAUCUGAGUCAUUUUGAUGGUACGACUGACUCAGUAUCGCAAAUUAUACUUGAUGGAGACUGCAAUGGUGACGAACCGAACGCAAGCGUUCGUGCACUGAGACCUCGCAGCGCGAGACGUGACAGCUGGGAGAGCGAGAUGAGCCGGUGGAGCGCAGGUGUCAGUUAUCUCGGUGCUUUUGGACAUGGGCGGGAUAGAAGCGUGCGGACAGCGCCAAGCUUUAGGACAGGCGGACAGACCUUGGAUGUAGAUGGGUACGACGGGGUAAGCAUGAGCCUAGCUGAUGAGGAUAUGAACUCGAUGCGGGAGGACGGAAUAGAAGAAUCUAUCGCGGAGACAAAAGAUGAUCGAGAACAGGCAUUCUCACCGCCGUCCAUUGCGUCGGUAGAGGGUGCUUCGGACGAACGUGCAGCGCGUAUGUCGGAAGCAACCGAGACGGACGAGACGAGUACGCAGGAGUCGCAGUCGCAUGAGACUGAGGAUGCUGCUACGCCAGGUCCAGCAGCGCGCACGCUUGCGCUGGUACCUUCGAGAGAGUCCAUACCUAUGCCAGUACGCCCCACAACGCCGCCGUCGGUGCCGGUUAAAGAUGUUGAUACGACGCCGAAGAAAGAGAAGGAGAAAGAGAAGGCAGAGCUGAAAAUGGCCAGCGAUGACGAGAGCCAAUCUUAACUGCAUAUUCCUUUUACCAUGCCAUUCAUCACUCCCAUAUGUGUCCUUCAUCCCCCGCUUCUUCUCCUCACAUUUUAGUUCUUUGAUUUGUAUAAUAUUUUCUUUCUUUCUCGCGCGGAUGUAUUCAAAUUUCCCCUCAUUUAAUGUUUCCGCUCGUUGCUCUAUGUUUGACUAAGAUACGAUUGAAUUAAAAUACCUACACUCAGUUUCCUAUUAUGUU